AUGCUCAUUAAGCUGGCGGAAUGGCGGCUUUUGAUGUUUUUCUACCGGUAUGUUUUUGUCUUCUUCACAUUUGGCUGGUUAAGAUACAGCGAAGGAUUUCUCGGUAAAACAAGACUGAACUCUUCAAGUUUUUCACCAUCAUGGGCUAUCCGAAUACCUGUGGAACAUUAUUUGAACAUAACAAAGCUUGAUUUAAUAGCAGAUCAUAUCGCAAACGAGGCGGGCCUCGUAAACCGCGGCCAAAUUGGUGGUCUUGUAGGACACUACCUGCUCAUACAUAAUACUUUCUUCAAUCAAAGCGGGAUAAAAGAACUUGGUAAAAUGCAAGAUAUUAUAACGCAACAUUUAGCAAAUCAUCCUAAAAUUGAGUGGUCAAGGCAGGAAGUUGUACGGAUGCGUCACAAGCGAAGCCUUCAGUUUAAAGAUCAAUAUUUUCCUAGUCAGUGGCAUUUGGUAAGAAUUAGAGUCGCUCAAUUCCAUAUUAUUAAUUAAUAAUUUAUUAUUCUACUAUCUUAAAUUGAAACCAACUACAAUUCUCGUUGUAUUGAACCUAACUGGUUUUUUUUUUUUGUAGACUUAACUUUGUUGUAAAAUUAAUUAUUCUACCGAGUAUUUUUAGUUCAGGUCUUUAUAUAUGCCACAAUAUAUUAACUGAGAUGUGACCCAAAGAGAUAAUAAUAUAAUAUGGUAAACAAAAGAAAUUCAUGACUUGAACCCGUAGCAGGAUAAAUUAAAGAAGACAGGACCACUUUUUAUGAGGUGUAAUGAAAAGAUCUGGCAGUUUGACUUUGCAGUAACAAUAUGAAAAGUAAGAGCAAAUGAUCAAUCUGAUUCUACGUGUAAUUUUGCUUCUUAAAAUUAACCAAAAUAAAGAACACUAUAUACAGGGUGGCAAAAAGGGUUUCCAUGAUGUGCAAUGGAUCCCAAGUUAUCAGUGUGAUGCCUUUUUGGGCCCAAAUUAGCUGAGUGAGGCGUUAUUGGGCAUAGCAGGCUGGUGCCUAAUACCAUUUUCAUAACCAUGUAUGCUUGAUUUUCUCUAUGAAUUUCCUGAUUGGUGCAUAUCAUGUGAAACUAGAGCACAGAAUUUAGAAACAGAUAUUCAUGACAUGAUUUUCUGGUCCUUUUUCUUGUUCCUCAAGUUCACCUGAUUUCCUGUCAAAAAUAAAUCAUUAUUAUGACGUCUAUUCUCAGAUCAUUGAAUACUGGUUAAUAUAGUUAAUAUUUGAAUAACAUUAUAUUUCAGAGAACCCUUCUGUACAAUUAAGCGUAUUCAACUAACUGUUAACGCAUGAUCCUACCCAGAAAGGAUACUGAAAACAAUUUAUAAGAGCUGAUUCAUUCAAUGGGUUGAGCUAUUACCAUGUUAACUUACUGCAAUAGGCCUUUUGCCCAUAGUCGAACACAUGAUCAACUUUCGGUAAACACUAAAGCAGUUUGCUUUUAAAAAAUUUAGUUAGCACGAGCUGAAAGAGCUUAUUUAAAUAAGGUUGCCAGUAAAUUGUCAGCCGUAUAUAAGGCCCUGCCAGGGGGGGUCCCAUGUCGCCUGUCUGAAUUUUAAAUCGUCUCGUGUCGGUGUUUAUAAACGCUUGUCGCUUAUUGUCGCCUUUGCGGUCACUGUCGCAAUUUGGCCGAGGUAGGUUGUCUCUUGUUGUGAUUUCAUUUUACGUGCUGUCGGUACUUUAUGGGCCAAGUCGCUUGUCGGAAUUUACCCUGGAAGGACCUCGUAUAUCUCAAAAGUAGCGAUUGCAAUGGCCGCCAAAAAUUAGAAGGUAUUGAAUGAGAAAAACAACUCUUGCCACCCAGUCACGCUUAAAUUGUUUUCCACUCAACUCCUUGUAAAUUCUGAAAUUUUUAAACCGUCGUUAAAUCUUUCCCUUAAGCUUUUAAGGGUUCAAAGUGGCUGUUAUGAGUUAAAAGGAGAUUUGAGCCCCAUAGUAUUUAAGGAGAUAUUUCACAACAGUUUGAAAAUUUCGAAAUUUACAAGGAUUUGUAUGGAGAACCUUUCAAACAUGACUAGGUGGCAAAAGUUGUUUCUUGUACAAAUCCUUCUAAAUUUUGACGGCCAUUGUAAUUGCUACUUUUGAGAGAUACGGCUGAAAAGUUACAGUUUACCUAAUUUUAAUAUGCUAUUUUAGAAAACCUUGUUGAUAUGAUCGACCAUCCUGUUAUUAUGACUACCAUUUGGAGUUCCCAGUUCUACUUGUCUGUGCAGUUGUACCUUCAUUACAGUCAAACCAGGUCAAGCGUUCCCGUCGCUAACAAACUAAUGAAUUCAUUAAUGGAAAAAUGAUUUCGUUUGUUGAUUCAAUAAUCCAUUCAUAAAAUGAAUAAUCCAACGGUCAAAUUGUACCUCGAUUCAAUAAUCAAAUGUUGAUUUGGUUUAUGAACAAAAUCUACCUUUUCUUUAUUCUUGUCCGUUGUGUUCAAUCGUAUUUGCUUCCCUUUUCCUGCCGUUUACGAUUGCGUUUUUCAUUGCCUUUAAUCAAAAUAACAGCUAGAAUAGACAAACCGCAAACGCAAAGAAACUGACAAAGGCCGAGGAUCGAAAUCCACCAAUCACCGCACAUACACUGACCUCAGUUUGACCGUCGUGUUUUCUAAGAGGUCAGGCCUAGGUCUGUUGCACUGAUUAUUGGCAGCAAACUGGUGUACAUGUAACAGUUUGUUUGGGUUUGAACUUCAGAACUCGCCAGCACUCGACUCUCAGAAAAAAAAGAGGAAAAAACAAAAUUCUGAGGUCAACUUGUGGAAAGUGUAAUUUUUCAAAAAACAGUAAUCGAAUCAACAUUCGAUUAUGGAAUCGAGGCUAAAUAUGACUAUUGGAUUGUUCAUUUUAUGAAUGGAUUAUUGAAUCAACAAACAAAAUCAUUUUUCCGUGAAUGAAUUCAUUAGUUCGUCAGCGACGGGAACGUUUGACCUGGUUUGACUGUAACAUGACCUGCAAACUUCCUGUUGAGACAAAGUUAUUGGAAAAUGAGACAAACACUUACAAAUAAUUGACAAAUAUUUGUAAAGUAUACAUGUACAUGAAAAUGAGCAUUCAGGCAAAGCUGUUAUGUGCCAGAUAGCCAGCAGAAUGAUAGUCUGAAUACAAUUUUAUUUAUUAUUAUAUAGUUGUUUAAAAUAUUUUAGUACCAUAACAUAAUGCAAUUUCUUUUAAUAUAACCACUUAAAAACCAAAUUUUCAUGAGCCUUGGGUGGCUGUAUUAAUGGGGUCACACUCUUCUAUAGAACCAGCUUACAUGUACAACUAUGAUUAUUUAUGAAACCAACUACUAGUAAUUACUAACUGUUACUGUGAUAAGUUAUUUAGUAAUAAUGGUCAUUUUUCAAGAUAAAAUUUUGCUAGGGGUGAAGUUCUUUUGUUGUUUCAAACUGUAAUGCCUCCCUUACCUGUUAAGUUGCAUACAUGUACAUAAAGUCAUUCUUCUAAUUAAUUGCUUAAUAUUAUGACAGGACAAUUUGAGGUUCAUUGGACAUGACAUCAAUGUUACUGGCGUCUGGGAAAGCAAUAUUACAGGAAGUGGAGUAGUUGUUUCAGUGAUCGAUGAUGGUCAGUAAUAUAAUUUUUUUUUCAUUAUAGCAAUUUACUAAUAAUUUUCUGCCCUUUCUGCCAAUUUUUAGUUUUUGUAAAUGACUUGCUUUCGGAUAUAUGUGUCAUUAUGCCACUGGUUGAAGGAAAUAACUUUCCUCUUUCUUUCAAACCAUAAAAAUUAAGUGUUUUUACAAGUUGGUUGUACUCCUAAUUGCUCUGUUAGCAAUAGGAAAAAAAUAAAAGUAUUAGGGUAUCCAUUUUCUUUGUAACAUUGUUAAUACAGAGUAGUGCAGAGAACAUUACUUACUGUACCUUGCCUCUUCAUGCUCCAUUGCCCAUAUUAAAGGCCUCCACCCUUUUCCUCCAACCUAACUGCCGUCUUGAUCAAAGUGUGUCUGCUUUGAGUAGUAAUUAUUAAUUUUUUUUUACGGGAUGGAACAUUAAUCCAUGACUCAAUCCCCGACCUGGGGGGCUGGGUGUUGCAAUUCGUCUUGUCUUUAACCCAAAACCUGUCCAGCACGGCUGAAGCCACCAGGAACCGAGGUCCCAACUUGAGUAGCUUCCAGGGUCAUCAAGGCACACAAUCUUCCCCACUACUGCACAUUAAGGUGUAACACUUAGGGAGGGCAGGGAACAAUCCAUUAGCUUGGCCUUAUUAAUAAUGUAUUAAAAAAGGAAAAAAAAUUCUCUUUGUUCUAGGUGUGGAGUGGACCAAUCCAGAUAUUCUUGAUAACUAUGUGAGUGUUUUAGUUACAAUAUUCUAUAUACUGUUAUUAAGAAAGAAAAGUGAGAGGCAGCCAAACAUCUUAUAGCCAUGGUUGCAUGCAGCUAGAACAUGUUUAUCUUUCAUAUGUUCAAACAACAGGAAAUUUCAUUAUUGUGACAGUAAAACUUUUAACUGAGAUAAUCCUCAUUCAAAAUGUCAUCCUUGAUUAACACAAAUAGUAAAAUAAGUUCAUUUGUUAUUCUGGCAAGUUGUUUACGGUACAGGCUAAAACAUUUGUGCAUUGAUCAUGAUGGCCCUAAACGAAUGUGACCUAACAUUUUACUUUAAUAAAGUGUGAAAUUCUGUUUGCUAAGUGAGCUUGGAGUAAUGUACCAAGUAAUUUUUUAUUGAUCAUCUAUUCAUGUGCUUAGAGAUAAACCAUCAAGUACUGGGAAUUAACAUCAACAGUAAUUGAAAUGAAGUAAACAAAUUAAAAUAAAUUUUAUAAGCAAUUGUGCCACAAUAAAAAUGAAUAUUAAUUUAGCUUAUAUUGAUAAUGAUGAUAACCAUGAAGGCGAUGAUGAUGAUGAUGAUUAACUCAGGUAUUAUGAUAAUAAAAUCAUAUAUUAAUAUAGUUAUAAUAUUAAUUAAAAAUUAACCGUCGGACACCCAUGGGCCAAUUACAGUGGAAUCCCCGCUAUAACGAAGUGCCACGGUACCGAAAAAAUUGUUCCUUAUAGUGGGGUGUUCGUUAUAGCGAAGACCCCGUUAUAACGAAUUAUCUGGUUAACAGCAAAAAUAUUCGUUAUAGCGGGGUAUUUUAAUAAAUGACAAUUACCAAGAAUUCAAUACUGCACGCAGAAAACAUCAUUUUUAUUCAUUUGAUACUGUAAACUGUGAGUGUAAAGCGCUGACAAUCAAGACAUCAAAUUCAAAAACACUUUCAAUAAAAAAACAAGCUGUGAUUUCUACUCAAAUCUGUCUUUUUCGCUGACUGCUGCGAGCGACCGGACAAAUGUUCGUCACAGCGGGGUAAAUGUGCGUUGAGACCGUCAAAAUCUAUUCGUUAUAGCGGAGUUCGUUUCCACCUGUUUUACUGUAAUUCUGCCGGGCUUUCAGAUGGUUUUCGUUAUAACGGGGUCUUCGUUAUAGCGGGGUUCCACUGUAUUUAAGGAGUUGUUGAUUGUAUUCGAAUCUCGAGUCAAGUUCCAAAAGUCUAAACUCUACAAGUGCGAGUCCUACAAUAAUGUCACAUGAUAUAAUCACGUGAUAUCAUGGCGUAACUCUCUAAAUGUCUAUAACAUUUCUUCCUCUCCUGAAUUACAGGGAAGUUGAAAUUGCAAUACAUUUUAACUGCAAAUCAUCCUUAGCUUAAAGGUCAUAUUUCUCCGAACUGUUCUUGUUACACAUUAAUCUGAGUACGCUUUGGUGUCUCUAAUCUCCAGCAGAAAGAUUCUAGUUUUUGGUCGCUUUAGAGUCUCGCCAUUAACUCAUGCGUCCACCACUCGCACAUGGCCGUCAGGGCCAGGGUAUGUCUGCUCGAUGCGCCUAGCAUCCCACUGUUACCGCACUAUACCGGGAUCAAUAACAACGACAACAUCUCCAACCUGCAAAUUGUCAUUACGGAAGUACCUUCUCUGUCUUGAUCCGAUCUGUGGUAAGAAUUCUUUCAUCCAUCGUUUGCACACAUGUCUUGUGAAGCCUUGAACUCUUCUCCAGCACUUUCGGAGGUUGAAUGGCUCGGUGUCCACACUCUCCGGUACAAAAUCGCCUCCCAUCUGUCCCAUCAGAAAGUGGUUUGGAGUCAAGACGCGGUCGCCGUUAGGGUCGUCACUCACACCUGUUAAAGGUCUCGAAUUCAACAGACCUUCUCCCCCGGGGCAGAUUGUCUACAACUGCUCAUCAUUAACUUCUGUAUCACUGGUUACUACAAAGAUAGCUCGCUUUGCUAACUUGAUCAUAGGUUCAAAGGGUCUGCCAAAAUGUGGCGGAGCAGGUGGAUUCCAUUUCCAACUCAUUCCCUUAUUGGAGAUCAUCCGUUGUAUCUUGUCUUGGUCCAUAGCAGCGACCAGACCUUGCAGUUCCCUCGAUGCGCUCAAGUUCGUUCUCUGCCCAGUCAAUCCGACAAACGCGUUAAGAAAUGUAUCAAUGUCGAAAGACGACGCCAUCUCUAAGUGGCAACAAUGGGGUUUCGAACAGAGGAACAAACACAAAUAGCGCGUAGCUCGCACUCUUUCAAGUCCUUGUUUGGUUAAAAAAGGUCCUCCAUAGUCAACUGCACAGCUCUCGAAAGAUCUGGAGGAUUGCUGCAGUCUAAUCUUUAAUAACGGCGCCACUUGCUGGUGAACUAGCUUUGAUCUAAAUCGUCUCGCACACUCAAAAUAUUCUCUCGUGACUCUUUUUACUUGUUCACGAACAUGGACCACCAAGUAUUUCUCAUGUACAUGAUUAAUUGUAUAGUUGAGCCCCAUCUGAUGACCCUCUAGUUCGUGGUAGUACUUGACGAUCAGUCGUGUGACGUGAUUCCUCUUAGGCACGAUGAUUGGACACUUUUCAUCAUAUGUGAGAUCGUCCGCAUGUCGUACUUGUAGUCUGGUGUUGGACCUCAAAAUGCCAUUUACUAAUGCUGGAUUGAACGGUGCCAAUGUACUUCCUCCUUGCAUUUCCUUGUUCAUUGUCAAUGGCUCUAUCUUUGCUGAGUACACUUUAGACUGAACCUCCCGAAUGAUAAAUUCUUCAGCGUUUUGAAGCUCCAAUGGCUUCAGUUCACCUUUCUCUCUCUGCUCAGCUGGUUUCCUACAACUGUCUGUAAAUCAACACACCCAAUUUCCAAUUCUCCUUUCGUUUUGACUCGGCACCAUUUCGAGUAUCUUAAGGGGUCCAAUCGCCACACGUCUUCAACAUUAGCAGUUUCUCCACCUUCUUUAGUUAUUUGGUAAGUGGUAGCCUCCUUUGUUCCUGUUUCUUUUGCUCCUGUAAGUUGAAGGUUCUGUGUUGAAGUUGGCUUGUCAAACUUGCACUCUGGCCAGUCUUGUUUUGACCUCUUCAGAAAUUCGAGCCCAUUCCACCGUAAGUCGGUCUGUACUAAUUCUUUCACUGUCAGGCCUCUUGUUCCAAAGUAACAAGGAACAUAGCGACAUUGAUUAGGAGCAGAGAACUCAUGAAUUUCCCCAACACGAUGGGCUAUGAACGGCUUAUACUCUCUACUCUGACCAACGAUGGGCCAUGAACGGCUUUUAUAAUACUCUCUGCUCUGACCUUGGAUCCAGUACCCCACAUUCAUAAUGUCCACCAAAUAGGUCACUCCAUUUGUAGGUGUCUUCAUUGCAGAGCAAACUUGUCUUGUAAAUCGUAAUCUGAUGAGUGCUCCUAGAAGCUCUAAUCUGGGGAUGCUCACUGCUUUCAAUGAUGCAAGCCUAGACUUCGACAUAAUCAGUUGAGCAGUAAUGCUCUCACCCUCAUAAACAUGAUGUGCGUAAACUACCGCUGCAUAUGGGUUCUCUGACGCGUCACUGGAUGUAUGAACGCUCAGUUCUUCCACCUUAGGACUUGGGUCUUUCAAACACCUUGGGAUUUUUACAAGUUCAAGGUCUUCCAAUUCUCGAAACCACUUUGUCCAUUCUCGCUGAUGAUGUGACGGCAACAGUUCAUCCCAAUCCCGUGCUCCCAACCAAGCCUUUGGAAUUGGCAACUUCGACCUUAUUACAUAAGGUGAUAAGAAGCCUAAUGGGUCGUAAAAUGUUUCUGUUCGCUUCAAAACAUUCCUCUUGGUGAAUUCGAAUCCAUCUAACUGUAAUAAGUGUCUAAAGGAAAUUUAAUAACCUGUUGCGACCCACAGGACACCCAGGGUCUUAGUUGUUGGUAAUGCUCUCUUUUCUAAGUCUACAUCAGAAGCCCUUUCUUCUUCCGCAACGUCAGCAAUUACAUCCGGUUCAUUUGAGAUCCAUUUGCGGAUGUGAGAACCAGCAGAGUCGUCCAGUUCGGUAAGCUGAUUUGUUGUUUCUUUCGCCUCAUCCACCGUAGGUGCCAAUGGCAUCAGAUCGUCCAUGUAACAGUGUUCUAGAACUGCAUUAGCUGCCAAUGGGUAAUUCUCCUUGUGAAGUCUGGCAAGCAAACUGGACGCAAAAUGAACAGUGACACCCUCUAAAAACAAACCUCUUAAAAUCAUAAACCUUUGCUGUAUCCUCACUGCCCAAGGACUUGUACAAGAAUCUAUGAAGGUUCCUGUCCACUGGUCUGCAAGGAUCUGGUGAUACAUUUGGCUAACAUCGCCAGCCAAGGCAACUGGCUCCUUUCUAAACUUAACUAAAACGUCCACAUACAAUAUCACUUUAUGAUUCACUGUUCAAGCUCUUUCUGUUUUGCUGAGCUGAGCCGUCAAAAACAACCCGAACUUUGGUUGUGGCCUUCUCUGGUCUUACCACAGGGAAAUGUGGAAGGAACCAUUCUGAUGGUGGUUUUGGCUCAUCCACUGGGACUUCUCGGAUAUAUCCUUUACUUAAGUAGUCUUCAACCACUGGUUGGUAAGCCUGUGCCAGCUUCUUAUCAUGCAUUAACUUUUUUUUCACGACUGUGUGAAGGCGCGUCUCUGCCAUCUGUCGGUCUGGUGGUAAUUUGGUCUUUCAUGUUUCUAAGGGCCUUUUCAUAUGAGCCCGGUUGACCGGGCUGGCUCGGUUUCCGAGAUCUCGCCUCACCUCUAAAUCCUUUGUAAAAUUUUCGAUGUGUUCAUAUGAGAGGGCGGGCUGGCUCGGUUCCCGAGAUCUUUGCUUUUUCCAACCGAGAUCUCGGUAAGCGGGCUGGAAAUUUUGCCAUAUGAAUACUUCAUCCCGGUUACCGGGAUGAACGGCGGGAUGAAUUCUGGCGGUCCGGAUGGCAUAGUCUUGCAUUGCCUGCUGUAUUUUCCACAUCAUAAGCAUACCAUUUAACUGUAGUGAUACAGCUUUAAGAGUUACCGAUGCUAAGAUAGGCCCGAAAGUUAAAAUUUUUGUGUUUCGCUAUGGUUGUUUUGUUUCCCGAAUUUGGCGCCAGAACUCGUCCCCAGGAUCUUUGGCCGUUUCUCAUCUCGGAAACCGGGCUAAAAUUUCUCAUAUGAACCCAAGACGAAAUUCAUCCCGGUAACCGAGCCAGCCCGGUCAACCGGGCUCAUAUGAAGAGGCCCUAAGGCACAGCAACUUCAUAUCUCUCACCAUCAAACCUGAUUGACUCGUUCACGUUAUCAAGGCAAGUUUCUCUUCAGGGGAAAGUGGUUGCUGCGGUGUGAUCCCAAUGGCCUUAAGGCUCCAAAAUUGUUUCAGCAGAUAGUUCAGAUCUCCAGCACUACACUCUGACUGCAGUAUGUGAUAGGUGUUCAGGUAACUAGUGUUAAUUGCCCCAAGGCCCUUAGACCUACCAAUGGUAGCAAUUGCUGUCCACCCCAAUGGACACAGUCUGACCCUAGGUUCAUGUCGCCUCCAUGAACCUCUUUCAUAGCAAACAGGAGGUUGUUAUAAGCUGAACCGAUAAGAUCAUCGAUUUUACUCCUUUUUCCAAGUUUAGGAAAGGGAAUGUUCCUCAAAUUUUUCCACUGGUCUUUGAUUUGCAGCCAGGGGUUUCAUCCCACCACAGAUGUUAUUUCAUGUCUUCGCUACAAUGUUUGUAUUCAUCCGACUAUCUAAGCUCUCCAAACCAAUAUCCAAGGUUGCUGACACGAGACUGACCUUCUGACCAUUAGCAACAUUGAUAAUCACUUUCUCUUUCCUACCAUCCAACCCAGUUUCUGUAUCACAUUUUCAUUAACAUACAACGUAUCACUGCCUUCGUCCAAGAGACAAUUAAUUUGCAAACGUCUGUCCUCGUGUUUCAGAAUGACCGGAACAGUACGCAAGGCAAUACUCCCCUGUUCAUCUUCUUGCACUCUUUCAUACGUACUGGACUUGUUUUCCUUCGUCACAGAUGUGCCAGCCUUCACCUCCAUGGACCCAGGAGCUACUUUCUCUUCAUGAAGUAACCAAUGGGGUCUGUCCUUGCGUCGGUCAAUUCCACACUCUCUGCUCCAAGCACAUGAGACACCAAGGUGCCCUUUCCCCAAGCAGCGGUAGCACAGUCCAAGUUUCUUCGUCUACCACUUCUUUUUAUGUUACAUUCCCUCGAAUACAUCACAUUUCCAAAUUGGGUGUUUUUGGUUGCACACGUUACAGGGACCAUCACGUUUCCCUUCUGCGAUCCCGAAGAGUUGGUUGCGCUCUUUCCUCGUGCAUUUCCAACACAGGACAAACCAUGAUCAAUUUCGGAUGCUGGUACUCAGCUUCUUCAGUAACCCAGUGACGCAGCUCGUCAAGAGACUCCGUGCUUCUCUUUUCUUUAAUCCAUCGGUAGUACUGGCUAAAUAGUAGUACAUAGCUCAUCGAUAUGGGCUUGAACCUGUUGCCUGUUUCCUCCAUACUUUCGAUUCAACCUUGCCGUAGCCGCUUCGUACGCAUGAUCCGAGUAAUCCAGUUCUUUCACCGUUUCAGCCGUCUCUACUUCUAAACAACUUUCAGGCCGCAACAUUUUAAACUGAGCUGACAAAUUCGUUUCAUCCGCACAACUGGAAAACACUCCCCACCACAACUGAUAUUCUUUCAUUGUCGCCCAAAAACUUCGGGAUUCGAAUCCGCUCAAGCUGUUUAUUUGCAUUAACCACAUGACCAUCUUUGCCAUGUGUGCUCUCAAAUGUGCCGCUCUUGAUUGUGUUGUUAACAUUUCCUUUGCUUUCCUUGCUGUUACUUUGCGAUAAGAAAAGCCGAGCUUCCUUUGUCUCGUUGCCCCCACGAUCUAUCAUUUUAUCCGCUUCAUCACCUGUUGAAGCUGCCAGCGAGGCUUGCUUAUUUUCUCCUUACGAAGUUUGAAGCAAGUCCAACAGAUCCAACAAUUUGAACUGCGCGGUACAAAUCUCUAUUAAUAAUAAUUCAUCCCGUCGCUUGUCAAUGUCCUGUAAUUUUUCCGUGAGAUUUCCUUGUUUGGCGAUUUUGUCGAUAAUUCCGCCGCUAAUUCGUUCCGACGCUUCGUAUUACUUGUCUUAAGAGUUCUUCUUUCCUUUUUUAACUGUUCUAUUUUUCCCUUCAUAAUUCCUCCAAUUUUCUCGAUAGCCUUCCCUUGAAUGUUUCCAAGGUCGAACGAGUCCCUUGCAAAUUCCAUAGUACUGGUUCCGAUUACAGUCCAAUUAUUACACUAGUGCGAAUAUCCGGUUAUCGAAGGACCAAAAUGUUGAUUCUAUUCCGUUAAACAGGAACAAUUAAAGCAAAACUAUCUCGACGAAUCUCGAGUCAAGUUCCAAAAGUCUAAACUCUACCAGUCCGAGUCCUACAACAACGCCACAUGAUAUAAUCACGUGAUAUCAUGGCGUAACACGUAACGUAACUCUAAAUGUCUGUAACAGGUGCUCAGCCUCCCGCGUUUAGCAAAACAGCGUUCUAAGCGAUUUUCAGUUUACCCAACGCUUUUAUCUAAACACCACUUUUCGUGAUCAAUUUGAAUAAAGCAUAUAGCGUGGUCUGGAAAAGCACUUAUUUUCUAAAUCCCUUAAGAUAAAAGAUCUGGAGGUCAAUGAUUUCUUAAACCGCGGCCUGUAAAGUUAGACUUCGUUUAAAUAACCGACCCCAGCUGUUUUAAUGUUGUUAGUCAAGUAAAUCAUGUAUGAAUAAAACAAGUUCUCAAUAAAUUGAAAACUAAAAAGUCAUUCACUUUUUAAUGAUGAUCUUAGUGUUCAGAAGGUAGCUGGGAUAUAAACUCUAAUGAUGAUGAUCCCAUGCCAAGAGCUGAUGAGGCAGGCUUGAACCAUCAUGGUACAAGGUAGUAACAUACAACUUAAAUACUAUUCAUGUAGUUAUGAAUACCAUCAAUUUUAAAAAAUGGCAAAUUAAGAAAACCUUUAGUACCUGAAAUAUAUCAGGAAUGUUCCUUGUGAAAUGACCAGUCAUAUUGAAAUGUGUGAAGACAGUUAAAAUCGCAAAAGUAUAUUACCAUUGCUACAAUGUAUUUCCACUUUUUAAAAGGAUAUUUUUAUGUCAAACAUUUAGUCUCCGGCUGGUAAAUACUAAUAUAACAAAUUAAUAUUUUCGUUGAAAAAAUGAGAUUAACUUCUAAAGUGAAACUCUUAAACUAUAUCGUACAAAAUCAGACUAACAGAAGUUAAUUGUGAAGAUAAUGAACAUUGCUAGGGAUUGAAUUAGGGGAGGCAGCAUGGCCUAGAAAUUACCGAAAAACCUGAGCCCCGAGUUCAAGCACUGCCCUGACUGUUCCCAUUGAACAGUUGUAGAAAUGGUAAUGGAGUUUUGAACAGUGCUGAAACUGGUCCGCCUUCUGCCAAUUGGGAUUAAUUUUUUUACAUUACUGUUAUAAACCAUGCUAUGUAAAAUUAGUUUGAACACAUUUUUUUCAAUGAUUUGCUCAUCCUCACUAAUGGAAGGAAUUUCACUAUCUUUUAGUAUGACUUGGACCAUCACUGUUAGAAGCAUUUUCGCAACUUGUUAAACUAUCCUCACCACUGCCAUCACAUGCCUUGCAAAUGAUUAGCACAAUAUAUUAUUGUGGGAUGUAUUUCUUAAUCGAAGUAUUCGCAAAAACUAAGGGGUUUCUGUGCCUUGAUAACUCUGGAAGCCAUACAUGUUAGGACCUUGGUCUGUGGUAGCGCCCACCGUGCUGGUGAAAGGCCAGGUGAAUUGUAACCCCUGGCACUACAGGUUGGGGGUUGGGUAAUCUGUUAAUGUGCCAUCCCGGUGAAAAUUAUGAUCAUUACUGAAAUCAGACACACUUUUCAAGAUAACAGGCGGAGAAGUGUGGGGGCCUUAUGCAUAACUGGAGCGCGAAGAGGCGAGGUAUGUAGCUAGGUAAGAAAGAAUUGUCCUGUAAGAAUUCUAAGUCUUUUUUGUCACUGUUUUCCUGACAGGUGUGCUGGUGAAAUUGCUGCUGUUCCUAACACAUAUUGUGCCGUGGGUGUGGCAUAUGGUGCAAAAGUGUCAGGUAAAGAAUUUUCAUGUGAGCUGACUUACAAAGCUUUCUUCAGUUACUGGGAAGGGUUCCUCUAAGGAGAGUCUGAAUUCUAAGACCGUUCAUUUCCUGUAUCGAAGAGGAAGCCAUGUCCCUGUUAACGUUUUACUUAAUACGUAUCGCGGUUGUUCUCGUCGCUGUUGCAGUUUUCAACCCACCUUUACGUUGUUUGCUGCCAUUUCAUUUGUCUUAUGUCGCUUGACAGAAUUUUCCCCAAUCAGGGCCUUGGUACUGACACAGAUUGAUAAUUUAUUUUAAUCAGGGGUGCGAAUCUUAGAUGGACCGAUGACUGACAGUCUUGAGGCCAUGGCAUUUAACAGUAAGAUGGAUAUCAAUGACAUCUACAGCUGUAGGUCAGUAUCCAUGGUAAUAUGACAGUUAAGUCAUGUCUCGCUAUUCAAUAAAAUUACUUCUCAGUAUUUUAACAUCCUGGAGGCAAGUUAUGUCAAGAAACUAUAACAGAUUAAGUGAAUUUUCCUUGAAUUUUUUUCAUUCUAAAACUGGGCCUGUACAGCCUCGACAACCUUACCUUUGCUAAUUACAGCCACCUCUAAACAUGGCCGAUUUGUUUUGUUCUGGCAGAUACGUUACCUCUUGUUUUAACCUCUCAACUCCGGCUGGCAAACUUGAAUUUUUUUUAACCAACCUGGUUUUCUGUCUAUGUGUCAUCAAAUGGCAACGAGUGAAAUUAGAAAAUAAUUUCAGGCGCGUUUUGUCCAAAUUUUUACGAAAUUGUUAGACUUAUGACAAAAUGUAAGUGAAAUUUUUCCAGUAUUCUUAAUUUCACUUCUAUACAUUUGAUUGCGCUGCAUUAAUAUCAUGGGUCACAAAUUACGCUCACAAUCGUGGUUUUUAGGCUUGUUUACGGUAUCGAGAACUCCGGACACUGAAAAGUUCGAGCUUAAAUUUUGGCAUUAGUUCAAUUUUCUGAUAUGCUUGACGAACUACUUGUAGAAUCCUUCUUGUUGUUAAAAAUGGUCCUCUUUCGUGCAUUUAGGUUUUCUACGGCAUCUUCUAAUCCAUAGACCGUCUUCAUAACAUUUUUAAACCUUGACACCAUCUUGGAACUGCAACAUGCGAACUGUUGCUUUUAAGUCAGCAAUUUUGCUAUUUCACAUCUGAAAGUAUAAGUUAACUCUGAAAUUUCGCGCUAAAAUUAAGGAGUACCCAGUCCGGUACUUUUUCGCCUUUGAUAUUAUGGAUUUUAUUAGUUGGUUAUGACCUCUUAUAUAAUGAGUUUAGGGAGAAGCCUAAUCAAGAAGGUUGCUUAAAAAUAGUAGCAAAAUAAUUAGCAAAAAAGGUAGCAACACAAACAGGAGCACAUAACCAGGAGCAAGCAACUUCCAUUUACUCUUUUCACGGUGAUCAGUUGGUUUUUAGAACAAAUUGGUGCAAAUUUAUGGUAGUAUUUCUCAAGUCCCAUUUCUGUUGUUGUUGUUGUUGUUGUUGUUUUUUCAGCUGGGGACCUGAUGACAAUGGAAAAACAGUUGAUGGACCCCAUCAGUUAGCACAGGUUACUAACUCAUCUUUUUACUCUAAUGAACCUUCAUGAUCAACUUUAGGUAUGAAUAGUCAAAGAACGCGACAACAAUGAAGGCUUAACCGGGGAGUGGUAAGCUGAAUGUGUGGUGAUAACUGCACACAAAAUUAUGUCCAGUUGUGCUGAAACUCUGGAUUUGUGUGAGUUUUGAUUUUUUUUUUGUUGUGGAUUCGCUUUCAGGCUGCCCUUGCUCAUGGGGUCCUGGCUGGGAGGAGGGGUUAUGGCAGCAUUUUUGUAGUGGCGUCUGGUAAUGGAGGUCAUUUUAAGGAUAAUUGCAACUUUGAUGGAUAUGCAAACUCCAUUUACACCGUUACAAUAGGUGAGUGGUAGAACUGUAAGGAGCUACUACAUGUACUGACAGUUUCUAGUGACGUCACGCUUAUGAAGUUUAACCCUUUAACUCCCAGAAGUUACCAAAGUCAAAAUUCGACAAAAGUUCUAAAUUAUUUGUUUUCAAAUGCGAUAAAACUGAUGGUACCGAUGUAAAAGUGCUGUUAGAGAAGUUUCAUUUGAAUGGUCACACCAUAGGAUUUUGUACACGGACUCAAAAGGUAGAACCACCUUAUUAUAAGACUCGACCAUUUACUGUGGGGGUGGAAGAGUUAAACCUUACCCUUGUAUACUCUGCCGGUAAGCAGACACAGUUGUCUUCAAGGAAGAGAAUUUUCACUUCUUUUGUUUCCACGCUUCUGUUUCCCGACAUCUCAAGCCUGUUGUAGUAUCACAGUAGGAGAGUAUUACAUGACAGUAUCACAGCCAGUCCUAGUAUCACAGUACAUUAUUAGCCAUGAGUGGUACUAGUCAAAGACCGUAUUGUUAAAGGCAAUAAAACAAGCCGUGAAUACUGUGGUACCUUGUAGACGCCGGCGACAACUGUGACUCUUUUGGGUCGCAGUAACACCUUUUUAAAAGACAAAAUCUUGCCCUUAAAAUACGACGCCUGAGAACAAAAAAAAGUGCUUAAUUUUCACUUGUUCAAAGAAAAUUUAGUCGAUGGAAAAAAUCACCUUUCCUUUUAAGAACUAUCCAACAAAUCUGUGGCUACCUAAGUUUUGAUUAUUGUGUGUAAAUUGCCUCGCUAGUUUGCUUGAGGCUCGUGAGGAUGCCUUGCCCACCCAUUGAAAGCUCAACAAUCUCCCAAAGAAGUGAAUGAUUAUUGGAUAUCUGUUGUAUGAUGUGAAUUGUUUGUUGUUUUCUUUGUUUUCGUUAGGUGCUGUGGAUGAGUUAGGUGAUAUGCCGUAUUAUGCAGAACAUUGUGCGGCAAUGCUUGCAGUUACCUACAGUAGUGGCCAAGGCAUGCAGAGAAACAUAGUGAGAGCGAUAUAUAUCAGAGAAGUGCCGCACAUGUUGUGCGGUACGAAACUAGUUAGUAAUAAAAUGCCAAGUCGGAACUUACGUUGAUCAGAUCACCUCGAUUUAUGGAUUAAAUUCGGUUUUAUGUACUGUGUUGAUAACAAAAUGGCUGCCGUUAUGUGGUUUAAAAGAUGAAGCUUUGUUGUUGAUGGGGAGAUUUUCGAAUUCGACCCGCUAAAGAUUGAUAUUAUUUUAAGGACAGAACAGAGGAGAAGUGUGACGUCAGGUUACCAUGGUAGCAAUAUUUCUGGAUCUCAACAACCUUUGGAUCAAUUUAGGUUCCUGGGAAACUGCCCAUCUACCCCUCCCCUAAACUAACAUUAACACUUGGUCCCAAUCGUUAGAGCGGAGCCCAGAGCUCGUUUGAACAGUGAAUUGAGUUCGAUUGUAUAAUUUCCACAUCCAAACUGUUCAAUUUUUCAUCGUUCUUGGCCAAAAGCUUGUUGCUUGGUGUGGAGUUAAGUGGAUGGGGAUGGCUGGUCUAUUGGAGUUGCUGGUGCUGGACAUAGGUCGGAAUAGUAAUUUUUACUUAGUUGUUUAGUGUUUUGUAGAGCAUGCAUAGCCUUGCUAUUCGCCUCCUGUGCUGUGUAAUUAGUCUAAUGCUGGGGAGACACAGCACUCCUCUCUUGAGUAAGUCUCGGUCACAAAAUGAUUUCCAUCUUGUGAUCCUGUACCGUCUCUUUAACUACUAGUUCUCCUUACUUUGCAGAAUCGUUUUUUUUUUUUGUUAAUGUUUUGGCAAGCCAAUUUGUUUUCUUUUUUUUUACUGUCCUCUGUUGUCGUCCAGGUAACAACUGACUGGAGACUUGGUACUGGUACCGGAUGUACUGACAAACACACAGGAACUUCUGCUGCAGCGCCAUUAGCUGCUGGAAUGAUAGCAUUAAUGCUACAAGCCAGGUAAGAUUAACGUGCAGAACCUGCCAAAUGCAAGCUCCUGACACUCACGUCACUCUUGACUCUGAAAGGACAAACGCACAUAAUUAUAGUGAUAUCUUAAAAUCAGCUUGCAGCAGAAGAUGCAGGUUUGGAACCUUCCUGGAAAACGCACUAACUCUUUAAGGUCGCGGGUAAUAACUUAGGUUUAUCACAACCCAUCCCAUUCUCGGAGAUGCAGGUACUGUCAGUCAGCUGUUCGGACGAGGAAACGGUUUGCUUAGCUCCGUUUUGCCAUCCCGACUGACUUACCCUGAUUAUCCGAGGAUGAGUUUCCUCCUUAACGAUUCUCCAUAUCGUUCUACAAGUAACAGAACUUUCAAGGGUUUAUUUUUCAGCUGUUGAUAAAACUUAGUUAGCAAAAUCCGAGGACACCGCUGGAAGGAGCAAUGUGACAUUAGUAAACGCGUAAGACGUAUCACUUUCCACACUUUAAAGUGAUACGUCUUACGCGAUCGAAGAACUAUCAGGAAUUUAAUAGCGACGAAAAAAAACCCCUCUGGUACCGAGGGUAUGUGGUGGGGGAGGGGGGGGGGGGGUAAGUUUGUGCCGCCCACCAGACAAACGUCUUGUAAAAUUUCACGACUUUGAGGACUAUAUCUCUUCGUUAGUUUUUAUCGAAUCACUUUCAAAUUUGACAAUUGUACUAAUAUAAAGGCGCUCUACUCAGUGGUGUCGGCGGAUUUUCCCUAACUGGUCCAGGUCUGCCGGGAGACAUUUGGUUAACAAUCGUUUGUAACUAUUAAGAAUCAUUCUUGUUGUGACAAAGUACCUUAUUCUCACUUAAUUUCGCGAGUACUAAAUCUCGCGAUUCUCGCAAUUAGGGAAAAAUCCCGAAAUUUGAUUACGCGAAAUCUAGACAUCCCCUAAAAUCCCUAAAAUUUCUCAGAAAAACCCUAAAAAUCGCGAAAUAUGGCUCAUUAUUUUUCACGAAAUUUAGUACUCGCGAAAUUAAAUGUGAGAAUAAGGUGAGGAGAAAUGAGAUGAGAGCUUUACAAGUUUAAUCAACGCCAGUUGAGUAGUCUAAAUCCAACGUGUCUACAGACUCUCAUGGAACAAGCGGCUGUAUUGCUGAAAGGCGUCCCACUGAUACGGAAGGACUUGCUAAUUUGUUCCUUUUUCAGACCUUGUCUUUCCUGGAGAGAUGUUCAACACAUCAUUGCCAUUUCUUCCGUUAAGGUACGAGGGUAUUUUAAGUAUUAUGCGUGAUCCGAAACAAAUGUGUAACACUAACUGCACAGGACACCCACGAUGUAUAUUGAAGAUGAUGUGUUUCCAACUGGGUCGGGCACGAAGUUAGAUUAGGAGUAGAUCCUAGGGAUGGUAGAGCGAGUGUUUCCUGCCUCUAGCGAGGAGUUUCGCGUAGAGGUAAAAAAGAAGUUGUAUGUCCACGCAGGAGGUGUUUUUCCACGUGCCCCUAUGUUUCGCUUUCUUUAGCUACUCCAAUCUCGUACCCAUAGUCCUUUGGGUCUAUGGUCAGCGGAUGGUCACGAGGAGUUCUCCCUUCGACCAGUAAGCCCGCGGACUAAUAUCACGCGUCCCUGACACGGUCCACGCGGUGCUAGAAAUGAACAAAACAAAACGAAUGUUUGUAGAAAAGAAAGUUCAAAAUUUGACUUCUUCAAACCGUAUACGCUAUAAAAACGACAUCUUUUUAUACAAUGGUCAGUUGGUAUUUCGUUUGUUUUAUAAGCUUUAAGUCGUGGCCAUACUCUUCACUGUUAACCUCAUUCAUGACACCCCCUACAAAAGAGAGUUACUUUUUUACUUUUUUCUUCAGCACGAUGUAGACGAUAAUGAUUAUUAUACAAAUGGGGCAGGAUAUCAUCAUAGUCAUAAAUAUGGAUUUGGACUUCUGGACUCAUGGCGCCUGGUCAACACUGCUAAGGUAUAGCGACAGUGAUACUGAUGCAGAUCUAAAUCUUGAUCAGCAGUAAUAGACAAAAUAGUGGCUACGUGGCAGUUAAUGCAAAACAUAGGCUAUUCACAUUCGGUAAAUCUCUCUCAAAUUAUCCGUCUUGAUUAAAAUCCUCAAAGGAAAACAAUAGGGACGAGUCAAGAACCAGGAAAUACGCCGUGUUUUACCAACGGGCUCGCUAGGAUAAAAAAUGACUUGAAAUGUGAACACUCGAUACUACGGCUUAGUGAUUUGCAGUCUAGGAUUUUGUUAACAGAAUGAUACUAAGAGCUACAUUAAUUGUACAGUGUGAUAAACAUAACUAUAAGAAAGUGUCAGUCGAUUAGACGUAUUUGAACAUUUUUAGACUCGAGAGUUAGGGUGGGUAACAUAAUGAACACUGGUUAAUACAAGCAAAUUCUUCUAAAGAGCUUUCUAUAGGAGGGUCACUAUUUCUCUGUACACUAGAACUGCUCUAUUCAGCAUAUUUUAAUUUGACAAACCAACCAACCAACCAACAAACAAACAUUUACACCAGGGUGAACAAUACUGCGUAGUGGUUUUCAUCUGAGUUGUCACACCGUCCAUAAAAAAAAAAGAACUGAAGAGAGAAAUAACUGAAUUGCAUUCCAAAACUCAAUUGUCUGUAGUAGUGCUAUGAUUAGAAAACGUUUAUAUGCUGUCUAUAGGUAUGGGAAGCAGUUCCAUGGAUGACAUCUUGGUCAACCCCUGUUAUUCACGUAGGGAAACAAAUUCCACCAUCAAGCAAUCAACUCAUAGAAAAAUAUUACGGUAUGUACAGGAAUAUACUGAACAAUUAUUGAAUAAAGCUAAGUAUCAUCUGAAGAAUUAUGGAGAUCUCGGAGGGUGUUAUCUGCCGAAGCCUUGUCAUUAAAAAUAACUCCUAGGUUAAAAACAAGCUAAAACAUGCUUACCUCCAUCGAUGUUAAGUUCAUCUUCGAUAAUGCAUGUUUAUCGGCACGUUUAGGGGAUAAAGGGUUGUUCAGUUCUGCAAAUAUUUCCCAAAUAGGAGACGUCGUCCGUCGAGUUGUCUUCUUACUGUUCUUGCUAUGUUUUUCUUCUCAGUUAGCCAAUAGUUCGCCUAUUUCUUCCUCGUGAAGCGAGUGAAAUAUUCCGCCUUUUUUGGACUCACAACUUCGUCCCCAGGUCUUCUUGGUUAACUUUUCAAUAAUCUGGCAAUUUUUGCUGCACACUUGACGUCAUUUUUCACAUAUCACAAUAUUUUCCAAUCAGAAACGGGGAAAUAAUUUUAAUGAAUAAUAACAGGGCGUUCCUUCAUCACUCUCGGAUAAUCCGACAGAGCUGUUCAUGAGUCCUCGCAAUGAAACUAAGCGUCCAACCGGUCAAAAAGCAGAAACGGGCUCGAUUCCCCUGAAAACUUUGAGGUAUCCGUGCCCCCUUCGCUUGUAAUCAUAUCAUCACAAUCGAUAUGGAUCGCAAGUUGAACAGUCGAUACAAAAUGGCUGUGGUUCAUUUUCCGAACGAAAGUGCUGUGAUGAUGAAAACCCAGUCUUAUUUUCGUAAGGUAACCCCGUUAAUGCUAAUUUUGUUUAUUUACAGUUUCGAAAGACAAGGUUACAGAAGUUGUAACUUUAGAACACGUAACAGUUACAGUAAGUAUAAUGACUUAUUUAUAUAGGGAGAUUUAGAAUAAGGCUUAAGGCAAACGGCAGAGGUGAGUAUGUACCACGUGAACAAGUUUUCUCUUUUCAUGUCUUUUACUGUUCUUUUCUUCUGCAAAAAAACGUAGUUUCACGUUAUCUUCAUCCAUAAGAGUUGUUUCACACUAUUUUUAUCCGCUCAUUUUCUAUUUUGAGACAUUCCCAACUUGAGUCUGCAGUUUGCCGUUUGGUGAAGUAUGGUUAUGGCUGAACACAUGUAUUGUGUUAAUUAUUAUUAUUGGUUGUCAACAAUACCUUGAUCACUUCACCUGGAGACACGACUCAAUCCUUAACUUCAUCGCCAAGUCACUUCAACCCGUAAUUAAUGUUCACUAUUCACUCUAUGCCAAUGUUAAUGGUUUUCUGAAUCCCUCAGUAAUUACAGCAAAAUGUUCAACGCUAAUGACAGUUCGAUGAACGGUACAUGUAAUACAUAUGUACAGUAUUCAGCACAGAACACUUGUAAUUGAUACCCCGAUAAAUUCUAAAAAGGAAAUGUCAUAAGCUAUAAUUUAAGAAUAAUACAAGAAUAUUUUCAGCCUAAAAUCGGCAGAAAAAUAAGAAUAUUCAGCCUGGGCCGGAAAAACAACAUUCUUAUUUCAAAAAAAAGAGUGUACUGGUGAAAAUUAUCGUCCAGAUCUUCUUUUCCUAAUCCAGUCCAAGUGCCUAUAUGUUCUAGAAUGGACAGUUGGUCUCGAGUCUAACCUUCAUAACAAUGCAUUGCGUGAAAAAGAAAAAUAUCUGAACUUGAUCAAAGAAAUGAGUAGAAAUUACAAAUGUGCGAAAUUUGUAAACCUAUCCAUGAGCUCCUUUGGCGUUUUCUCCCACGAAUGCUCCACGUUCUUGCACAUGAUGAAUGACAUUGGCAUUGACAAAAAGCAGCAACAUUAUAUAAUCAAAAAAAUGAUAGCUAAAUAGCUCUUUUAAUUAUAUUCUAUUGUUGUCCUUUCUCUGCAUGCUUUGCUUCAUUCUUUUAAAUUUUCAAACAUUGUAUAAGUUCUUAACGUAUUUUUACACCUUACACAUAUAUGUGCUAAUUCUCUGAACUUCUUACUUACUUGAAAAUGACCGAAGAUCGGUCGAAACGUCGUUUUUAAUCCGUGAUUUUUACUGUGUUAAGUUUUUGAAAACCCUUACUUAUAAGAUUGCAUCUUUUUUUGUAGAAACAGGAAUUGAGAUAGCCCAGACUUAAUGCAAUUUUGAUUUUUUUUCAAGUAAUUCAAUCUCAAGCAGCCAAUUGUAAAUUGCCUAUACGUAGCGAGAUUUACAGUUGUACAUUCAAAAACACAAAUAAAGUUUUAUUAUUAUUAUUAUAAUUAUUAUUUUCGCUUUUGCAGUACUGUUAAUUCUUAUGGUCGUGAUAGUCAUGUAAAUAAAGCUCGUUUUUGUUAAGUUAAUCUCUUGUUUCAUUUUCUAAGGUGAACCUACAGCACCAUCAUCGUGGUAAUUUAAUGGUUAGUUUAGUAUCUGCUGAAGGAACAACGUCCAAACUGGCAACAGCCCGGCAACUCGACAGGUGAAUCAGACUCCCGAUGUUACAGAAGUUUUUAAUUGUGUAUUGAGCUUUCCUACGCUACGUAAAUGACUGACAAUUCUCAUGUCACUCUCCCGACCAAUCAGAAGUGAAACCACAACAGUUUACAACUUUUUUUUUGCAACUUCCUCGCUAGGAUUUUGCUGCGUUCAAUUGACGGCCGCCUGAAUUUGCUUCAGCUUUAAUUGACUUCUUGUUCAUUCUUCUGUUUGUUGCGUUAGCCAGAGUUUUAUCUUUGUUUUUGGUUCAGCGGCUCCGACUGGGUGUCGUGACAACCGCUUCUAACCCGCUUGGUUAAGAAGUGAGUUGGGAAUGCGCUCAAAGCACGCGCAAGACGUGAAUGAAAAGGCUUUGUGGGUGUUUGGAAACCACUCUCUCCUUUAUCUGUCUUCCAGUUUCCAACAACAAACGCGUGUGGUGGUGCCUUGCGAUUGACUAUUCAUCAACAAACUUGAAAAUUUUUAGAAUAUACUAUACACUGUAAAGUGGAGCAGGCUUGUACAGUUUAGGCUGGGUAGUUUCCCGGGUUAAAACAUGUUUAGUUCCGAUAAGCUCGUAAAAUGCUGUAAUUUCGGGUGUAGAGCCCCAUGUUGUGUUACUUGAGAAUAAAAUACCUUCCAUGGCCCCAAGUUAUCUUGAUAUUUUAAAUUUGCGAGCAACGAAAAAGUCGAACAAAACAAACGUGUGCAUUUUCCUCUGUCUGUUACUGUUUCCUUCCCUUCACUAAUUACCUGCGCAGAUCAUCAGACGGCUUUGUGGACUGGACAUUUUCUACCGUGCGAUGCUGGGGAGAAAAGCCACAAGGAACUUGGCAGCUUAUAGUUGUCGACAAUGGUAGGCAAUUGAUUCGUUUUCUUGUAGUGCAACAUUACACUUACUUAUUUCCUUUCCUGUUCACUCUAAUGGUUUUUAUUUUCGACGAAUGUUAUGGUCAUCCAGCCAUUUUAAUUUUGAUGGGCGUGUUAAAAAGCUAUUAAGUCCAAAAUGAACUAAUCCAUAGAGGAAAAAAUCUUGCGCCAAAAACAUAUGGAACACUGUAAUUUUCAGGGAGUUAUAAUAACUCCUCUAGUGGGGCUAAUUUAACUCCUUACAGUGGAGUUAUUUUUCGUGGAGUUAUUUUAACUCCAAAAAGGAGUUUAAAGAACUCUUUUUCAGGAGUAAAAGUGACCACAGAUUUUGAGGAGUUAAAAUAACCUCAAAAAAGGAGUUAUCCUGUACCUAAAAUUUUUACUCCACUUUCAGAGUUAAAUUAACUCCAAAAAGAGUGAAAACAACCCCUGUAAGGAGUACAAGUAACCCCAUUUCGGAGUAAUUUUAACUCCAAGACUGGGAGUAAAAAGAACUCUUUUUCAGGAGUAAAAAUGACCCCAAAUUCGGAGUUAAAUUAGGAGUUAAAAUAACCCCAAAAAAGGGGUUAUCCUGUACCUAAAAUUUUUACUCCAUUUUUGGAGUUACAAUAACUCCCUAAAAAUUACGGUGAACAGAGGAAAUAAAACUCAAAAUAUGUGUAAGGUUUGUUCUAUGUUAAUUUUUCUCAUUACAGGGUUUGAUGAUAGCCGAGGGUACUUAAAAGAUUGGAAGCUAACGUUUUAUGGAUCGUCCAUGACUCCUGAAAAAAUUCAUAAGAAACAGAGGUGUGACACAACAAAACUAUUUUUGUUAUUUCUAAACUAGUUCCUAAUUACAGUGCUUUUUAUUAUUGAUUUUUUUAAACCUCGUAACUCAGUGUUGUGUCAUUUGAUGGUACAGCCACUUUAUAUAAAUGAAUUAUGAGGAAGCCAUUUAUUACACUAUCAGGUAGCUAAUACGGACCGGGGGAAACUGGAGAAGGGGAGAUUAUUAUAACGGGAGUAAAUAACUCAGUCAAAACUCUCAGCUCCUUUCUCUUUCGUUUCAUGGGAUUUUGUUCAACUCGAAAGCAGAAGCAGGAACAUAAAAUAAUUUUUUAGAAUAUAUUUUCAUCUCUCGCCAGUGACUGAGUCUCCUGCUUUUUUACAAUUUUUCAAUACUGCGCAACAAGAUAACACUUCUUCAAAAACUGCGAAAAAUUCCACACACCCACCCACACGAAAAAGUUCAACAAGAUUCUGGCAGAGCGUCAACUUUGAAAAAGCCUUUUCUUUUGUACAUAGCCGCAGUCAUAGUAGGAAAUAAAUGGUGGACCAGUUUUCUCUCGGCUUGUUCCUCUUUCCAUUCUUGAUCAACUUGUUUUCGUGUUUAGUCCGGCUAUCUCUUUCUUGCAGUCUUACCGAGCUUGUUUUUGUAGCAAACUUGUUCGACUAUCUGACUGAAAUGAGGUAUGUAGAGUGUACAAACUGAUUAAUAAACGUGGUGUUAUGUUUCCAGACUUGUUGAAGAAGCGGCGAGUGGCAAGUACCUCCAUAGUGAUGACACGCCACCGUGCCCGCCCAGACCCCCACUCUACACCCCUCAGGACGUGGUUUCCGAGAGGACCCUCAAGGUGUGUCUUAUUUUCAUUUUAUUUCUAAGCGGCAAAUACUGCAGAUUUCCAGCAUAACAACGAUGUCAGUUAAGGGCUAAAUUAAAAAUAACUCAUUUUUGCUUCUGCUAAAUACCCUAGUGUGAAUCAUUGCAAACUUUCGUGAUUUUCCAACAAGUCAAGUGAAAGAAGGCCGAUCUCACUGGGAAUUUAUAUUUCCUGAAUUGAUUGGAACGGCCACCGCAAAAGGGAUUAAGCAGCUGAAGUUUCUAGCUCUGGCCCUGAGUCAGAGUAAAUCAUAAGACUAUGGGUUGAGUGUGGUUUAUAUAAAAGAGCACUUUGACACGACGUCACGUAAGUAAAUUGAUAGAAAAAUUAUUGUAAUUUGGGAAAACGAGUAUACGGGAGCACAAAAUUAGUUCUCGUUCUUUUUUCAAUGUUUUUUCUUCAUUUCUUUUUUUAUAAUGUGUGCUUUACGAAUCAUCAAACGAAAAAAGUUAUUUUCCCUAAUGCGUUGUAUUUUAGGUUCUUCUUCUGUUUGGAGGCUUCUGUUUUCUUGUGUCCAUCUACUUCACUGUUGACGUAAUGUUUGAUAGCGAUGCUGGCGAUGAGAAAAGUCCGGAUCCGACGAGCGCAGAACCGCAAGAGGGGACCCCUCUGUUGUCUAAUAAACUGGCAGAAGAGGAUCAGAUUCGACUAAGGUUAUCAUGAAAUAUUCUUGCUUUCUAAGCAAAUUUCAUUUCACACAUCAUAGUAACAUCUGAUGGGAUUGGUUGCUUUAUGUUAGGACUCGGAAACCCGAGAUAAUCAUGUCGGAGCUGUCACAGUCGCUGCCUUCGUUUCAAUGGUUAUAAAUAUUAAACAAACAAUACAAAAUACUGGGUAAAGGAAAAUAAAAAUUGGCAGAAACGCCUACGUUUAUAACCCUUUUGUUACCUUUUUCUCUAAUACUCUACUUUAGAUGUAUCUCUGCACCAAUGACCGUUACAUUGCCGGUAUUUUUCGUUGCUAAUCAAGUUGGGGGUUGUCACUUUUGUUAAGAGGGGGAUGUCAGAAAAUUCUGUAUGAUGUGGUAAGGAUAUGAAAAAAUAAUACCCAUUUUGAAAAAUAUCCUAUGCUCCUCCUUCAGUAUACAUAGUAAGUGCAGCCUAAGAUGUUUCUAUUCUUGUUUAUUUAGCCACAUCCUAGAGAGAGGCGCUAAGAAAGGAACAACCAACGAAAACCGCACAAAGGAAUCUGCGCAUUGUUCCACUCCGAGCAAGCACGCUCCUUCCCCGGUGGACGAAAAAAAGCGGGUUGAAGAAUUCGAGAAAAGGCUUCGAUACGCGAUGGAGCAAAGCUUAUACUUACAAGCACAACAUUUAAGCGCGCUGGACAAGUUUGAGAAAGAUCUUAAACAGGCUAAAGAGGAGAGCUUACUCUCUCAUGUACUUCAAAAGAGUCGCUUGAAAGAACCCACCAGCGAAAAGAGCAAAAAACCACUAAAAGGAAUUCUUAAAAAGUCCAAAAGGUAA